AUGGGCGCCUCGUCGCGCCUUGGGCCAAAGGACCUCGAUGAGUACGAUCCUGCCCGACCCAACGAUUACGAGGAGUACGUGAACGAGCGACAGGCUAGACAACAGCACCGUGAGAUGGAACGGCAGCAACGCGAACAGGAACGAGAGCAGCAGCAGUGGGGCUUCCAGCCCAGCGUGCCGAUGGAUGAAGACGACUUCCGCGAAGCACCCCGAAGCAGCACCCACCACCGCUACUCGCCUCCUUCUCAACCAUCUCGAUCGACCAGAGAGUCCUCUCCUCCUCCAUCUUCGGCGAAGCUCGACCUCAACGUCUCCGGCGAAGAGUUGAGCGCAGGAAUGCAGCCUGCAGCAUCGCCAGCGCAGGCCAUGAUGGCUCCCUCGAACGUACACGAUCCGUACGGAUACGACACUGAGGAAACGCCCACACGGGCGCCACAAGCAGCCCGCGUCUCGAAUCACAUCCCUCCGCCUCCGUCAUUUGAUAGUCCUGCCCCCACUCCUACUCCCACGAGAGCCAAUAGCGGCGGCGGCCUCUCUAUCGCAGAGCAGAUGAUGAAGAAGAUGGGCUGGACAGAGGGACGAGGCCUGGGCAAGGAGGGACAGGGCAUUUUGAACCCGCUCGAGCACAAGAAGCUCAACAAGGGCAAAGGCCCGGCCAGUGGAGUCAUUAUCGACGUCAACUCUAAGCCCGGGAGUCUUCUUUCCCACCGACGAAAGGUCGAAUCGAGCAAGGUCAUCCUGCUCCGGAACAUGGUGGGUCCAGGCGAGGUGGACGAGGACCUCGAGUCCGAGACGGCGGAGGAGUGCACCAAGUACGGUCCGGUGGUGCGAUGCAAGAUCUACGAGGAGAAGAACCCCAUGGUGCCCUCCGACAAGUCGGUCCGCAUCUUCGUGCAGUUCACCACGCUCGACUCUGCGCUCAAGGCCAUCAACAGCUUGCAUGGACGAUUCUUCGCCAAGCGUCAAGUCGAAGCCAUCUUCUUUGACGAGGAGAGGUGGGAGCACGGUGACCUUGCCAGUCAUCCCGAUGAAUACUAG